AUGGCAUCUGCACCUCUGCAAAUCCUCGGUUAUGGUAUAGAGGAUGGAGAUCCUAUACCGAGAAAUCUUUUUAUAUCUUCGGACCGGUUAGUUCCUGGGGAUUUGUUGAAUAUACCGAGAGGAGGGUAUGAAUUUAUGCCUUGCGAUGCAUUAUUAUUGUCAGGUCAUUGUGUCGUAAGUGAAGCAAUGCUAACAGGUGAAAGUAUGCCUAGUUAUAAAAUACCCAUUAAACCCUUGGAAAUGGAAAUGUUUAAAAUGAGAAGAGAUUCUAAGCAUCUUUUAUUAUGCGGGUGUAAAAUAAUGCAAACAGAUGUUGACGCUAACAGGCAACAUAUUGAAUGUGUUGUCAUGAGAACAGGUUUUAACACCCUCAACGGAGACAGGAUUAGAUAUAUCAUAUAUCCCAAGCCAACGGUUUUUAAAUUUAGCAGAGAUAUUUCAUUGUAUAUUGGUUGCUUGACUACACUAGCAGUGAUUGGAAUAAUUUUUAAAAUGGCACUAGACUUUUCCAUGGCUGCUAAUGAUGGCAGAGAGUUGACCCCGAUUUCAAUAAUAUUGGAUGGCCUGGAUUUAUUGACGAUUGCAGUGUCCCCCGCACUUCCAGCCUGUUUAGCUAUAGGCAUCGUGAUAGCUUACAACAGAUUGAGAAAAGAAAAUAUUUUGGUUUUAAAUACCAAUGCUAUUACGAUAGCAGGAGCCAUUAAUGCAAUUAUUUUUGACAAAACAGGUACUCUAACCGAAAACGACAUAGAUAUUUUAGGGGUUGUUGAUACAGAUUAUUACACUAUGAAAUUUAAUGAGAAGUUAAAAAUUCCAGAUAAAUUAGAAUUCUGUCCAUUCUUGAGGGCACUCAUUACUUGCCACACUUUAACCCUCACAGAUGAUAUUUUAUCUGGCGACCCAUUAGAUAUAAAAAUGUUUGAGAGCACAAAAUGGAGAAUGAAGCAUUACAAACUAUUAAAAUCAGAUAUUAAAAUAAUACUAAAGCCCGCUAAGGAAGAUAAAAAUACACCACAUAUUGGUGUUGUUCAUCGCUUUCCGUUUGAGUCUGUGUUGCAAAGGAUGAGUAUCAUUUGCAAUGUUUAUGGGACAAAUUAUUUUGAAGUCUAUUGCAAAGGGUCUCCUGAAAUGAUCCACAGUUUAUGUGUACCUCAUUCGAUUCCAGAAUGUUAUCAAGAAGAAUAUGAAUCACAUGCCAAUCAAGGAUUCAGGAUACUGGCUUUUGGAUUUAAAUAUUUGGAUGAUUAUAGAUUAGCUGAUACAAAAAAUGUGAAAAAUUUAGCCAGAGAAUUAAUUGAAUGUAAUUUGUGGUUCCUUGGAUUUUUAAUUAUGGAUAACCCUUUGAAACCUGAAACAAUUCCAGUUAUACAAGAUUUAGCGAAAAUCAAAAUGAGAAUGGCCAUCGCCACGGGAGAUGGAAUGCAUACGACUAUAUCAAUAGCUAAGCAGUGCGGUUUAAUUAAAAAAAAUGAAAAAGUAGUUGUUAUUCAUGCAGAAGGGGGACCAGGAAAAGCUCAAGAAAUAAGAUAUACUCACGAUUUUAUUCAAGAUAAUGAGAGAGGAGAUGCUUCGAGAAUAGGUACGAUAGAUUAUUUUGAUAACGAAUAUAUCGAAGAGAAUUCAUAUACAUUAGCAAUUACAGGUGAAUCAUUUGAUAUGCUAAGAAAAUAUUUUCCUGAUAUUAUACCUAAAUUGAUGGUUAAAGGUGGCAUUUUUUCAAGGAUGCUUCCCGAGCAAAAAGCACAGUUAAUAGAGCAUAUGAAAGAAAUGGAAUAUUAUGUGGCUAUGUGUGGAGAUGGAUCAAAUGAUUGCAGAGCACUCAAGGAAGCACAUGCUGGCAUAUCAUUAUCUGAAGCAGAAACAUCUAUAGCAGCUAAUUUUAUUUCAAAUCAGCCGAACAUUAAAGCAGUUAAAGUUAUAUUAAGAGAAGGCCGUGCAGCCUUGUCAACUUCAUUUGGUGUAUUUCAAUAUGUGGCUGUUUAUAGUUGCCUACAAUUGGUAUCUACUCUAGUGCUAAGUUGGAUUAGACAAGACUUUCCUGAUGCCCAAAAUCUGUUUUUUGAUUUAAUUCAACUAACCAUAUUAAUAGAUAUUUCAUCUAUAAGUCACUCUCAAAAUGAAUUAUCUCAUUUAUAUCCAGAUACGAGCUUAUUUGGAACUACAGUGUUAUGUCUUCCCUUCAUGUCUACGGAUGAAUUACAACCUGGUCACAUGUGGGAAUGGGUGAUGGAGCAGUUAAUACGAAUAGCAAAAGCGUGGGUAAGUUUUGUUAGAAGGUUGAAGUUGAAUAUUAACAGAGGGAAUAGUAUGGAUAAACUCAUGUUCAGUACCAUUGAAAGGGAAGAGAAUAGGGUGCGUCAGUAG